AUGGUGCAACUCAUCAUUCGACUACCGGAUGGUCAAACUAUGCCUGUUCAGAUACCCAUGAUGGCUUCCACUGCUACAACAAGUACUCAAAAAGCACAGCUAAUUGCUCCAGCUCAACAAGUGCAACAAGUUAAUUCUACAACAUCAUCUGUAACUAAAAUGAAACUGAAAGAGAUCAUUGAAAUGAAUCAAAAGUCACCUGCAUCUAAGAAAGACACUUCGAAAGUAAAAUCUCAACAAAGGCAUCAAAUUCAUGACUAUACAGACUCGUUAGAUGGAUUUGGUUUGAACCUGUCUCCUCCUUCAUCUCCUCAGCCAUCACCAAGACCGGGUGAACAUGGACGCAAACGUAGAGAUGUUAAUAGUGAUCCAGACGAGAAACGAAAGAAAUCUCUUGAAAGAAACAGGGCUGCUGCAAUCAGGUGUCGAGAGAAACGAAAACAGUGGAUUACCAAUCUGGAAAAAAAAGCUGAUGAACUUGCUCGUACUAAUACUCAGUUACAGCAUGAAGUUACAACACUGAGAAAUGAAGUUGCUCACUUAAAAACUAUGCUUUUGGCUCACAAAGAUUGUCCUGUAACACUCCAACAGAAAGCUUCUGGUUAUGAGGCUGAUAGAGAUAAUUUUACUACCAUCCGCAUCAUCACAUCUGUCCCAGAGGAUGUACAGAGGGUGCCAAACAACUCCGUCAUUUCACCAUUAAAUGUAGAAUUCAUGGAGAUGGACGUAAAUUCGGUACAAAGCAGCAGUGACGCAUCUUUCACUUCCGAUGCCAGUGAGGCGUCCUAUCGAGAACGGUAGUAGUGGGGAAAUAAUUCAUUUCAAUGCAUCUGUUUAACGCAUAUCUCAAAAAUUGUGUUGACACAUUUUAAAAAUGAGUCACCAUGGUGAAUUUUUCAUUGCAUUUUGUACAGUAUUUUUUAUUUUUGAUUAUGAGGGUGGAUAUGACUUUUUCUUUAAUGUAUACCUGAUAGUUUUAAAAAGAGGAAUGAAUGUGCCUUUUUUACCUUUUCAAAUGUAAACAAAAAAAAUUAGCUUUGUUUGAAUGUGGAAAAGAAAUGAGGCUACAUGAUGAUUUUGGUGUAAUGAUGCGUUUCUGUAUAUAGGUUUGAGAG